CUCUCACGGCCGCCAUGAUGCUUGUUUGCCUUCAGUGAGAAAGAGCAGCGGAUCAGAAACAAAGGAAACACGCACUCGUCUUUGUGAACUGGUAUGAGCUUACAGUAUUACAGGGAUGCCCAAGGAAAAAUAUGACCCGCCUGACCCAAGGCGGAUGUACACAAUAAUGUCCAGUGAGGAGGCAGCAAAUGGGAAGAAGUCAUAUUGGGCAGAGCUGGAGAUUGUUGGAAAAGUGAGGAGUUUGAGUUCAGCGUUAUGGUCCCUUACCCACCUCACUGCUCUUCAUAUCAGUGAUAAUUCACUUUCACGAAUCCCGCCCGACAUUGCCAAACUACACAACUUGGUGUACCUGGACCUCUCGUCCAAUAAGAUCAGGAGCCUGCCCGCCGAGCUAGGCAACAUGGUAUCUCUCAGGGAACUGCUUUUAAAUAACAACCAGUUACGAGUUCUGCCUUUUGAGCUUGGAAAACUCUUUCAGUUACAAACGUUGGGUUUGAAAGGAAACCCACUUGCACAAGAAAUCUUGAACCUCUACCAAGAGCCUGAUGGGACACGUCGGCUCCUCAACUACCUGCUGGACAAUCUUGCAGGCACCAAACGUGUAUCUAUAGAACAGCCGCCACCUCGCUCAUGGAUACCACUGCAGGAGCCAGACAGAACACGGCCAGCAGCACUUUUCUCUGUAAUGUGCUACAACGUGCUGUGUGAUAAGUACGCCACACGUCAGCUCUACGGCUACUGUCCCUCCUGGGCCCUCAACUGGGACUACAGGAAGAAGUCCAUCAUGCAGGAGAUCCUCAACUGCAGUGCAGACAUUAUCAGCCUACAGGAAGUGGAAACAGAGCAGUACUAUAACUAUUUCCUGGUGGAGCUGAAGGAACAUGGGUACGAAGGAUUCUUCAGCCCCAAAUCCCGAGCCAGGACUAUGUCUGAAUCUGACCGCAAACAUGUGGACGGCUGCGCCAUCUUCUAUAAAACAGAAAAGUUCAGUCUGGUGCAGAAACACACAGUGGAGUUCAACCAGCUGGCCAUGGCAAACUCAGAAGGUUCAGAGGCCAUGUUGAACAGGGUGAUGACUAAGGACAACAUCGGAGUGGCUGUACUACUAGAGCUGCGGAAAGAGAUGAUGGAGCAGUCUGCUGGAAAGCCUUUGCAUGGCAUGGAGAAACAGCUCCUCCUUGUGGCCAAUGCUCAUAUGCACUGGGACCCCGAGUACUCGGAUGUGAAGCUUGUCCAGACCAUGAUGUUUCUGUCUGAAGUGAAGAACAUUGUGGAUAAAGCCACUCGCAGUCUCAAGCUCUCCUCCGUCUCAGGAGAAACCAAUGCCAUCCCUCUUGUCCUGUGCGCUGACCUCAAUUCUCUACCUGACUCGGGUGUGGUGGAGUACCUGAGCACAGGUGGUGUGGACAGCACCCACAAGGACUUCAAAGAGCUGAUGUACAUUGACAGCUUGACCAACUUCAACUGUAAUGGCAAGAACGGCACAUCCAGCACCAGGAUCACGCAUGGCUUCAAGCUGAAGAGUGCCUAUGAGAACGGCCUGAUGCCUUACACCAACUACACAUUUGACUUUAAGGGCAUCAUUGACUACAUCUUCUACUCUCAACCUUUGCUUAACGUGCUGGGCGUUCUGGGUCCUCUGGACCCCCACUGGCUCCACGAGAACAAUAUCACUGGCUGCCCUCAUCCCCACAUCCCCUCUGAUCACUUCUCCCUGUUUGCACAACUGGAGCUGCUCCUGCCCUAUCUGCCUGCUGUCAACGGCAUUCAUCUGCCUGGUCGUAGGUAGUUCUCCGAGCCAGCAGGGGGAGCUUCGGCCCCUACCUCCUUUUGCUCUCAUAGUGGAGAGGGAAUGAGGCAAGGGCUGUUGUGUAUAAAUCUGAAUCCCUUAAGAGGAGAAGGGGUAUGGCAAACUUUUAUUCCCACGGAUUUUAACUAAAGCAGACGCUAAUGUCAGUCUUAUCUGAACCACCUCCCACCCACUUUUUUUUUUUUUUUUUUCUCUUGUUUUUUUUUUUUUUUUUUUUUUUUUUUUUUUUUCUUCCUAUUCCACCCUCCGUUUCUGGGCACAAUUAACAUUCUGUACUUGUUUUCAAAACCCUAAGGGCCCUGAGUGAUCAUGUAAGUUUUACCUAAAGACAGUAAAAAGCUUUUUUUAUAUAAAUAACUAAAUGGCAAUAUCUAUGAAACACAUGCAGGGAGUCCAGAUCAAGCAAGUUAUCAUGAAAUGCAUAAUUUGGAUCAUGCUACUAUGAGGCCAGUUUAGAGCAAGCAGCUGAGUUUGAUGAAGAUGAAAAAACAAAAAAUAAAAACACAAAUUUCACCAGCUUAGGUCAGAGAGUCCGAUCUCCAGGAGCAACCCUUUAAAAAAGGGCUUUUAAUGUGUAAAGAGAGCUGGCCGAACUCUCACAUUUGCACUCAGUGGUGCUGAGGCCUCCACGGAUGCUCUAGCUGUACACCAGUGACGGGUUUGCACGGCCCACCAUCACCACCUGCCGGGCCUUGUCCGUCUAAUAAUUAAGUUCAUUGGAUGCCAGUGCAAUUGUAUCUUUCUUUUUUCUUUUUCUUUGUUUUGUUUUGUUUUUUUUUGUUUUUUUUAUAUUCAUGCUUUUAAGAAAGCAACAUUUCAAGAGCCAAAAUGGCCGACUUAUGAAGUUGUCUAGCUUCAUGUGCCAUAGAGCCCUCCUUGAGCUGAGGUGCCCGCUGAUCUGGUGCGUACGACUGAGAAAAGGUUUUAGUGAUGAGAAAACAUCUGGAAUGGCCAGCUGUGUGUUAGCUUAGGCCAGCAGCCUUUGCACCUGGGGAAGUCUGGCAGGAAAUCAUGUUCAGAUGCGGAAAAUAUGCUAGAACAGGCAAAGACGAGCACAUCUCACUCAUAGACGUAUAAAUUAAACCCUCGAUGUGACCAGUAGACGCCUCGCCCAGCCAAGACUCCAGUUCACUCCUGAUUCUUUAUAUUUUCCUUUUGUUUUUUUGUUUUUUUUUCUCUACAUGAUUGUAUACAAGCAACAAAAGUCCUGAUCUACUGCAUUCUUUUGUUUUUGUUUUGUACGUACACUUUUAGAUUUGGAUGAAAAAUGAUUGUAUUGUAAAUGAAAGCAAAAUUUCUAUCCGUUUCCGAUGUUCAUCCUAAUGAACAUUUAAAAGACCAGCGUGUGUAAAAUAAUUUUUUUUUCAGGUUUCUGCUGUGUAAAGUUGCACUUGUCCAGGUUCCCGUUUUUACCCGGUGCACCUUUUUGUUUUUUUGUUUUGGAUUAUUAUUAUUUUGGACGUAUAAUUCCACUGAGGCAGAUAUCUGGUGAUGCGGUCCUGUUACCCGCUUUGAUAUUCAAGAACAUAUGACAUUGUGCCUCACUGAUUAGUUUCUCUAAACGCACUGCCAGUGCUAUCAGUGAACACCUGAACAGCCUCAAUCUCUCUAUACAUCUUCACCAUCCUUAUACAGUAUCCUCAUUUCUGUUUGUUAGGUUUUUUUGUAUUCGCUAGCGAACAUCUUAUUCCUCUGAUCUUUUUGGGUGUCUACAAAGUCGAGUAAAGUGAGUGUUUCUGCUGUGCCGAUCCGCGCUCGUGAUUUGGAGAAAUCCUAUCGUUCUCCCGUAGUUCCUUUUUAUUUUAUGAAUUUUUUUUUCUCCCUAUUUGAAUUCUAUUUACUGCCACUUCCUCCCUCUCGACUCAGGCAAUUCACUUUAACCGUAUAUUUUGCUCAUGUAUUUCUCAUUGUUUGGAUCUCCUCCUGUAUUGCUAGAUCACGGUUAUCUCCUCGUGUCGUGCCAUCCAACGCAUUCUGCCACAAGGCCAAGUGUAAAGCUCGAUUUACUACUGUAAAAGCCUGUUCUCUGACCCGAUGAAAACAUACAUGGUGAUUUUUUUUUUUUUUUUUUUUUUUUUUUUUUUUUUUUGUCUGUUUUCUGCUCUAAACACAAGGCCAGAGUACCGUUACUGUAGCGUGGUCUGAUUUUUAAACUUCGUCUACGGUGGCAUCAUCGUUCGCAAAGCCAAUUUGUUUUCUGUUUCUCCCGUUCCUUCUUGAAUUUGUCAUGUUUUAAAAAUCGAAUGGAUUGACAAGCACUUAUUGUAGAUCACUGGUGCAGCUACUCAUUGCUUUUCUUUUUUUUUUUAAAUGAAAACAUACUUUUGCCAUGAGGCAGAGGUCUAUUUUAAUGACUUUUAUCAAGCAAGAGUAAAUAGAUGAACUGGGGAGGACCAUCUUAUAGUUCCCCUUUUGGUGUCCCUUUUUAUUCCUCACAUUAUCUCAGUUUUGUUUUUCUUCUGGUUGUUUUUAAUUGAAAGCAACUUGUCUGGUUAUAAUGGAUUGCUGAUGGUGUUGUAGUAAAAAGAUUUUUGUAAAGUGUGAAUAAAUAAUGUAUCACGUUUCCUUUCUUUGACAUGAAUUGUGUUGAUGUGUGUAUUAUAUCUAAUAGUUUUUGUCAUUUUUCAUUUUGCUUUUGUUUUGUAAUACUCAAACCAAAUUUUUUGUAAAAAUGUUGGCACACUGAAUUAUAGAUUUAUAUUGUUGCUAACCUUCACUUCAAGAUACUUUUGAGAAAAAAAUACGUCAAUGAAAUCGUAGAGAGUCACAGAGAAAUAAAGAGCUGUCAUUUUUGUCACCAAACAAUUUCAACUUUGACCCUGAGCUUUAUGUGGCAUUUUCACUUUGUUUGAGAGCCAGUUAGUUUAAAGUGUACUUACGAUUGGGUUGUGGAAAGCAUAGCGGACACUUUGUGUGUGUGUUGUGUGUUGUUUUUUUUUUUUUUUUUUUUUUUUUUAUAUAUAUUUUUCUGUCUCUCUCUCCUGUUUUUGUACUUUCUUAGGUGUUUUCUUGCUAUUGAUCUCCAGAAGAAAGUAAGCUUAAGGGUAGAUGAGAUGAAGAGACAUCUUUUUAUAUUAGCAAGUGUUCUUGUUCUCCUUCCCUAUGUUCUGUGCACUCAAUGUCAUCGACCUCUUAAAAAAAGUCACUUUUAAUAAAUUGUGCAUGUUUAGAUAUUGUUGCCAUCGCCAUAUCGUUGUUUAGAGGCAUUUUUGUUCCUUUUGGGUCAAAGACAAUGGUUUCAGGUGGUGUCUUGUGCACGACAAGCAAAAACAGCGUAAUGCUAAUCAUGUCAACAUGCUCAACUUGGCAAUAAUGACUCACAGCCAUUUCCUCCCCCCCUUUCAGAUCCACUUGAGCAGAUGUUUCUGGCUUUACCAUAGAAGUUCUUUUCAUUUCCUUUUCCUGUUUCAUGUCGACUUUUCUCUGUCAGUAGGGGUAGUAGUUCAAUGGUCAGGAUUGUGGUUGAAUCAGCUGAGAGUCAAUAAGUAUUUAGGUAAUGUCACUAUAUAAUGCACUGGACCAACUCUUGUUUACCAUUUAUGGAAUACCAGCAUAACACUUGCACAAUGUUUUAAAAAAAGAAUGUUGCAUAUAUAUAAAUAAAUGAAUAUAUAUGGGAAAAGAAUAUAGAUAUAAAAAAAAAAUCAAAUAAUGGCAGCUGUUUUUAAUUCAAUAUUAAGUGUUGGGGAUAAAAACCUAAUGGUAAACAAGGCGUUUUGGAUUUCACUGUUUCUCCAGUUCUCUUGGUUCUCUGAGUAGUGAUGUGUUUAUAACAGGGUCAGCUUGUUUCCUUUACACCUAUGUAUUUUUUUCCUACUCAUGGUUAAAUAAAUUCUAUAUCUGUUUCA